AUGAAUUUACAGCAUUCAUUAUUAGUUUUUGGUGUAGUUAUAGUUUGUGCGAGUGCACAGUUAAAUAGAGAUUUACCAAAUCGUAUUUUUGAUUAUGAUCUCUACAAUAGAGUCAUUAAUAAUACAGAAUGUGAAAAACAGGUGUCGUAUAUGAAAGAAUCAAACGCUUUCUUAUUGGGAAGAUUUUUGGAUUCCGGUGUAAAGUUACCCAGAGGAGUUUUUAUGUUAAGCAUUACAGAUCUAGGAAAUUAUCAUCAAUGCUUGGCCAUAGAUGACAUUAUCGAUGAUAUGCAGUUUCAAGGAAAAUACUGCUACAUUAGUGUGCCUUUCAAUCAGUCUUUCCAUAUACCUUUCUUGGAUCAACGAAUAACUGAUUUAGGUGACAGAAAAAUAGUACGGUUUCAUAACAAUAUUAUUUCGGAAGUACAAUCUUUCGCAACUCCAAUCGAUCCCGACUCGUUAAAUCCCUCAAAUCCGUUACUUUACGCAUCAUUCAAUCUAGCUGUGUGUAUGCCUAAAGCUUGUUCAACACAAGAAUGGAUGAGAAAUGUAUUAUUUAACUUAACUGCUAUUGGGUUUCGAUUCGAUGAAAACUUCUGCCGACUUCCAGACGAUAAGCCAUGGGUUGCAGCAGACUAUGUAGCCAUUGGAGUGUUUUCAGCACUUGGCCUUAUAUCCUUAAUUAGCACACUUUACGAUGUCAAUCACACCGUCAUACAGAAAAAAGAUCCGAAAAAAGCUAAAGUGCUUUUACGUACUUUCUCAGUUUACACAAAUACUAGACGCUUACUAACGUUUUCUUCUAAUUCAAACUCAUUAGAUUGCUUAGAUGGUAUUAGAGUGAUUUCCAUGAUGUGGGUCGUUAUUGGACAUACAUUUUCUAUGUACAACUUCCAUGCUAAUUUAAGUGAAGGUAUUAAGUGGCUUACGUCUGGUGAUGCGGUAUGGAUUUCAACGGGACUUUUUACGGUGGAUUCAUUCUUUUUGAUGGCGGGUAUUCUACUUGUUUAUACUUCAGUGGGAAAACUUACAGGAGUGCAACUUUUGAAGCGACUCCACGUAUUUUAUUUCAACCGUCUACUACGAAUGUUUCCUCUGUUAGCUGCAUUGGUACUUCUAGAAGCCUCUGCUUUCCAUAAAGUCGCCGAUGGACCAUACUGGGAAAAUAUGGGACGAAAUGUUGAAAGAUGUCGGAAGUACUGGUGGACUACGCUUUUGCAUAUACAAAAUUAUUAUAACCCUGAUGAUGUUUGCAUUCAACAUUCUUGGUACAUUGCGAUAGAUAUCCAGUUGCAUAUUGUUUCACCUAUAAUAUUAUUCUGGGUGUUAGGCAAAAGCAGGACGAAAGCAUGGACGGCGCUUAUAUCUGGGCUCUUAGCCAUUUUAGUUGCAUCUUCUGUAUGGAACUUUUUAAAGGAGUUACCAUCUACUAACAUGACCAUUCAACGUCUAGAUGAGCAGGCAUAUUACAUGAACAACUACUACAUGAACGCGUUGUGCCGUGGAGCGCCUUUCUUUGUCGGAAUGAUUGUUGGUUACAUUCUAAACAUAUACAAAGGAAGGAAUAUCAAGCUAAAUGUAGUUUUUGUGUUGAUAUCUUGGGUGAUAGCAUUAGGUGCAAUCGCUUCCGCAUUCUACACAUCUUACGUCAUCAUGCAGCUUGAUUGGGAUAACCAAAUUGGAGACAGUCUGUUUAACUCCUACAUGAGAACAGUAUGGUCAAUUGGCUUGAGUUGGAUCAUUUUUGCAUGUGUUAAGGGUUAUGGAGGUCCGAUAAACUGGUUAUUAAGUCUAAAUGUUUGGAAGGUACCAGCUCGUAUAUCAUUUGCUAUGUAUUUAUACCACUAUCCUAUUUGUUUCGUGAUCGCUGGUAUGCAGCUUGCUCCAACACACUUUUCUAUGGGCGCUCGGAUAUAUGACUUUUUGGCAGUAUUCACGCUAGCGUUCAUGGUAUCUUUCUUAGUGACGGUGGUCAUCGAUGCACCUUUCUCCGUACUCAUCAAAAUGCUUAUGGAAGGAGGUCAAAGGAGACCUAGACGAACCGAAGAAAAUGGGCGAUCAAAACCAGGACCAAAAGAAAAGAGUGUAACUGAUUUAGAAAGAACAAUUAUAACUACAUUGGAUAAAAGUACUCCACCAGUGAAUGAAAACUUCCACUACCCAGAAAAAAGUGGUCCACCAUUAACUUUCCUGGAAAAAAAUGGUCCAUCUCUACAAAAGCAGGAAUCUAAUCUGGAUAAGAUCGAACCCAUAUCACCUAGUAAUGGCCAUUUGGAAAAAAACGUUAUUUUAGAUAACUCACACUAUCCAGGAAAAAGUGGUCCACCAUUAACUUUCCUAGAAAAAAAUGGACCUUUUCUACAAAGGCAAGAAUCUAAUCUAGAUAAAAUCGAACCCAUAUCACCUAGUAAUGGCGAAUUAGAAAAAAACAAUAUUUUAGAUAACUCCCAAUACCCAGAAAAGAGUGAUCCACCAUUAACUUUUCUAGAAAAAAAUGGUCCAAAAAUGGAAUCUAAUCUAGAUAAGAUUGCACCCAUUUCACCUAAUGAUAGCCAUUUUGAAAAGAAAGGCAAUUUAGAUACCGGAUUCGAAAAAGAAAAAGCAGACGAGCCACCUAACUACGAAACAUCGAGAAUU